GUCAACCGCCAUAACAUUUGGAAAACACCAAAUUGAAACAUUUCAGAGUGAACGAAUAACAUAAAAUAAAACUAUCACGAAAAGGAAAGUGGAAAUAAAAAAAAAGAAACGAAAUCAACGACGUUGAAAUGGGAAUCAUCCAAUACGAUCCAAUCUAUUCUCUCUGCAAAGUUUCUUCUUCAACCUUCCGUCGUUUCCCACGCGCCACCGUUCCCUUUCGUCUUAAAGCCUUCUCCACCGGCGUCCACGAUAAGCCUUCCAUUUGCACCGCCGAUGAACUUCACUAUGUUUCCGUCUCCAAUUCCGAUUGGAAACUCGCUCUCUGGCGCUACCACCCUUCUCCUAAGGCACCUCCAAGGAAUCAUCCUCUGUUGCUUUUGUCAGGAGUGGGGACAAAUGCCGUAGGAUAUGACCUUUCCCCUAAGUCAUCCUUUGCACGUCACAUGUCUGGUCAGGGAUUUGAGACUUGGAUUCUUGAAUUACGAGGAGCUGGGUUGAGUGUUCAGGGUUCAAAUUCCAAAGAUAUUGAACAGUCUGCCAAUGCAAUGUCUGAGAAGAUGGAAGAUGUGUUAGAAAAUGCAACCAAUGAACCCAUGUCUUCAAAAAAGGAAUUGGAUAACAUAGCUGGUGCUGUGUCUGGACCUUACAAUUCUGCCUCAGAAGGAGUAGAAACAGAGAAUGUGGCUGUCAUAGGAGACCUAACUAGGUUAGCUACUGCUUGGGAUGAAUCAAAGUUGGUCGCUAGGUUGUCUGAGACUUUUACGAGUUUGUCAGAAAGAGUCUCUGGCUUUCUUGGUGAAAGUCAAGCGAAGGUCAUGUCUGCCAAAUUACUUGAUCAGUUUUCAAAACUUUUGGUGGAUUCUCCAUUAUAUGAACAAUUCAACGAGGUAAGGGGAAAGCUUGCAACUUUGUUGGAAACGAGACAAAAUUCUGGAAUUACUGGUCAAAUAACUGAUCUGAGUGAAAAGCUAGUAAAUAUUUUUGAGGCAGGCCAGCUAUCUGUUUCUCCUCCACUAUUUGAUUUGCAAGCUCGCUUUACUUCGACAAUAGAAGAUUUUCAGAAGCAACUGGAUUUGAUGGUGAAGUACAAUUGGGACUUUGAUCAUUACUUGGAAGAAGAUGUUCCUGCAGCGAUAGAAUACAUUCUAAAACAAAGCAUGCCAAAAGACGGAAAAUUGCUUGCAAUUGGACAUUCCAUGGGAGGCAUCUUGUUGUAUUCAAUGCUGGCACAGUCUGGUUUUGAAGGAAAAGAACCCAAAUUUGCUGCAGUAGUUACACUGGCAUCAUCUCUGGACUACACAUCAUCCAAAUCAACUUUGAAGUUACUCUUGCCUCUUGCAGAUCCUGCACAGGCUCUGAGUGUCCCUGUUGUUCCUUUAGGGGCAAUGUUGGUAGCAGCUUACGAGGUUUCAUCCCGUUCACCAUACGCAUCGUCAUGGUUAAAUACUUUGAUUUCAGCCGAGGGCAUGAUGGAUCCUGAUUUAUUUAAAAGGCUGGUUUUGAAUAACUUUUGCACCAUACCCGCAAAACUUCUCUUACAACUCACAACAGCAUUUCGAGAGCGUGGUUUAUGUAAUAGGGACGGGACAUUUUUUUACAAGGACCAUCUACACAAAAGCAAUGUACCUAUUUUAGCUAUUGCUGGAGACAUGGAUCUGAUUUGCCCACCUGAAGCUGUGGAAGAUACCGUUAAACUAAUUCCUGAGCACCUGGUUACGUAUAAACUUUUUGGGGAUCCCGAAGGCCCACAUUAUGCUCAUUAUGACUUGGUUGGAGGAAGAAUGGCAGUGGAACAGGAAUAUCCUUGUAUAGUUGAAUUUCUUAGCUGUCACGACAAGUGAUGUACACCAAUCAACAUCAAUUCGUCAAAUACUUUCUUCUUUGGUCAUACUUGAUAACUAUAUUCCUAACAGAAAGUUAAAAGAACUUAUACACCUUUUGUGCGUUGGAGUUUGAAGUUUCCACAUUUUGUUUCCACCCAUGGCAGUGAAGGGACUCUGAAGGCUGAAUUAUACCAAGGAUAUAGUGAUAGGAAUUACAAUUCAAUAGUCCUUACGAAAAAAUUUCAGCAUUUGCUGCUGAUUUGUUAUAAAAUUUAAUUUAUGUACAGAACGUCUUACAUAGUACUCGUAUAUAACCUGCCCAAAUUUGUUGAAUGUAUAUUGACCAAUUUCCUC